AACUUUGACAUUGGAGAUUGAUUGGUGGUUGACAGUACUCGGCAAUUUGACAUUUGGUAGUUUGACAAUUUAGAGAAGUUUCACGAAAUCGUAGUAAAUUUUAAAUUUUCUUUCUAUACCUGCUUUUAUAAUAUAUAAGUUAUAAUUAUUUGUGUUCAAAACAAUUAGUUGGAAAAGCACGUGUUUUAUUUUAUUGCGAUGGUCGUAUUCACGUGUGGUCAUUGCGGAGAAUCUGUGCAGAAACCUAAGGUGGAGAAACACUAUAUGACAAUAUGCAGGAAUAGGAAUCCCAACUUGUCCUGCAUGGACUGUUUCAAAGACUUUCUGGGCCAGGACUAUGAGUCACAUAUAAAAUGUAUCACAGAAGAGGAACGCUAUUCCGGAAAAGGUUUUGUUUCCAAAGAAAAAAAAGGUGAGAAGAAGCAAAAUGCAUGGGUUGAAAUGUUACAAUCUGUAUUAGAUGAACAGAAAAGUGCACCAAGAAAUGUACUUAGAAUUAUUGAGACCAUCAGCAAACAUAACAACACACCUCGCAAGAAACCCAAGUUCAUCAACUUUGUAAAGAAUGUUUGUGGGCAAAAGACAAACCCUAAGGACAUUGACCAAGCCUGGGACUUGAUAUCAGUAAAAUUGACCGCUUUAUCUAAUGCUAACAAUAGGAAUCAAAAUCAAAAGAAGGAUGUGACUGAAGAAGAAAAGCCCCAGACUUCCACAAUUGAGGAAACUGACGAGAAACCUGAAGAGAAUGACAUAGAAAAUGAAGAAGCUGAAGAGAAUGGAGUAGAUGGGAACGGUGUAGUGGAAGGAAAUGGUGAAGCAGUACAGAAUGAGGAAGAAGGUGCAGGUAACAAAAAGAAAUCUAAAAAACAAAGGAAAGAAGAGAAGAAACAUAAGAAAUAUGAAGCUGAACUGCAAAGUGCUGCAGCUCCACCUGAAGAAGUAGAGGAAGAAACUGAAACCAAGAAAGGUAAAAAGAAAAAGAACAGGACUGAAUCUGUCAAUGGUGAAGAAAAUGUUCAACCUGAAGGUAAAAAUGGCAAAAACAAAAAACGCAAGAGACAAGAUACUGUAAAUAGUGUAAAUGGGGCACAAGAAGUUGCUGAUAAUGGAAUGGAGGUAGAGGCAGCCGUUGCUACAGGAAAGGCACAAAAGAAGAAGAGCAAGACUGCACAGGAAGAAGAAGAAGAAGCAGAAGAAAGUAUUUGUUUGCAUGACCAGAAUGUUGCCAAAAUAGGAGAGUUAGCCGUUAGUGAUAAAUUUAAUUGGCAUGCUGUUAUUAUUUCUGUAUUGCAGAAGAAAGGCAAUGAACUGCCAUUCAAACGUUUGCAAAAGAAGGUUCUAGGAGAGUAUAGUGAAGCGACAGGCAGAGAAGUAGAUGACCGGAUUGCUGACAAGUUUAUAAAGAAACUGAAAAGUGCUCCAAAUGUGAGAGUUGACAAAAACAGAGUACUCCUUAUUGACUGAGAAGUUGUUUUAAAAUUGUGUUGUCUUUAUAAUACUGCCACACUUUGGAACAAGGUUUUGUGGAAUGAUGAUUUAUUAUUAAAGAUAACAGGUACAGGCCCGCAUCGUACGCAUCGCACGCAUCGUUCUCUUUUCGUAUGACGCCAUCCGUACGCAUCGCAUGUAGGCAUUGCCGACGAGCGGUCCGUAACAUUGGACGCAGUUGUAUGAGUUUCUAUACAAGACAAACUAAAAUCCGUUGCGUGUGACGCGUACAAUGCGGGCCUGUGGACACUUACCUUAAUAAUGUAUUGCUAUACUAUUGGUUGAAAUGAGAUUGUAUAAUACUGCAGAUAAAUUUAUAUGCCGUUGUAGGAUUGAAGCUGUUACAUGUUGAAAAUACAUAAUAUUUAUUGGUUUUGAAAUAUAAGCUUUAAUGCAUUGAAUGUUUGAUAAAUAUGAGGUAAGUUAGCUGCCAAGGUGUGGAGCCAAACUGUUAUAGAUUUAAUACGGCUAAAUAAUAGUUUUUGAAGCAACUCGUUCUAUACAUAUACAACUUAUUUAGUUCCAAUAUUAUUUGUAAAGGCAAUGAUAACAAUGUUCUUAAUAUCAAAA